ACCCGGGUCGGUUGGCCCGAGAAUGGACGAGGAUGUAGCCCGAGGAGGAGCCGAGGAGGAGCAGGAGGAUCCCGCCGAGGACAACCUCUCCAAGACCUUCGUGCGCCUGAACGAUCUCUCCGGAGAUGGAGGUCGCUCGGGCCCGGGGGACAAGGAGAAGGACCCGGGCAGCGGCGACUCGGAGGGCGAAGCGCUCCCUUACCCGGCCCUGGCACCCGUCGUCUUCUUCUACCUGAGCCAGCACAGCCGCCCCAGGAGCUGGUGCCUGCGGAUCGUCUGCAACCCCUGGUUUGAAAGAGUCAGCAUGCUGGUUAUCCUCCUGAACUGUGUCACUUUGGGCAUGUUCCACCCUUGUGAAGAUAUGGGCUGUGACUCCCCACGCUGCAAGAUCCUCCAGAGCUUUGAUGAUUUUAUCUUUGCCUUCUUUGCUGUGGAAAUGAUCAUCAAGAUGAUUGCACUAGGGAUUUUUGGGAAGAAGUGCUACCUGGGAGAUACGUGGAACCGUCUGGAUUUUUUCAUCGUUCUAGCUGGCAUGCUGGAAUAUUCUUUGGACUUGCAGAAUGUCAGUUUCUCAGCUGUUCGGACUGUGAGGGUACUCCGGCCUUUGAGAGCCAUUAACAGAGUUCCUAGUAUGCGCAUCUUGGUCACACUGCUUUUGGACACCCUUCCCAUGUUGGGGAAUGUUCUCCUUCUCUGUUUUUUUGUCUUCUUCAUAUUUGGCAUUGUUGGAGUCCAGCUUUGGGCAGGGCUGCUCAGGAACCGCUGCUUCCUACCAGAAAACUUCAGCUUCCCUUACACACUAGAGUUGGAACCAUACUACCAGACAGAGAAUGAAGACGAGAGUCCCUUCAUCUGCUCUCAACCUCGAGAGAAUGGAAUGCGUUAUUGCCGCAGUAUCCCGACACGGAGGGAAGAAGGCCUGCAAUGCACCCUGGACUAUUAUUCCUACAACGACACCACUAACACUUCUUGUGUCAACUGGAACCAGUAUUACACAAAUUGUUCUGCUGGGGAGCACAACCCUUUCAAAGGAGCAAUCAAUUUUGAUAACAUUGGCUAUGCGUGGAUUGCAAUAUUUCAGGUCAUCACUUUGGAGGGCUGGGUAGAUAUCAUGUACUUCGUCAUGGAUGCUCAUUCCUUCUACAACUUCAUCUAUUUCAUUCUCCUGAUCAUUGUGGGCUCAUUCUUCAUGAUAAACCUCUGUCUAGUUGUCAUUGCGACUCAGUUCUCAGAAACCAAGCAGCGAGAGAGCCAGCUGAUGAAGGAGCAGCGAAUCCGCUAUCUCUCCAAUGCGAGCACCCUGGCCAGCUUUUCGGAGCCGGGGAGCUGCUACGAUGAACUUCUCAAAUAUCUCGUCUACAUCCUUCGUAAGGCCAGCAAGCAAGUGGUAGAAGUCUACCGAACAACGGGGGUGAAAAUGGGGUUUCUCUCCAGCCCAGGCAGUAAGAGCAGCACGGAGAGGCAGCCGUGUAAGCAUCGGCCCCAGAAAAGAUCAUCGGUGCAUCAUCUCAUUCACCAUCACCAUCACCAUCACCACCACUACCACCUGGGCAAUGGAAGCCUACAGGCGCCACGGGCCAGUCCUGAAAUUAGUGAUGUUGAAACCAGCUCCCUUCACAACGGUGCCAACAGGCUAAUGCUUCCUCCAACAGCCAAUCCUCAUGCAGCUUGCAGCAACACUGAAUCUGUUCACAGCAUCUACCAUGCAGACUGCCAUUUUGAGCCAAUUCACUGCAGAUCAUCUCUCCCUCAGCCUGGCCUCAGCUUACCAGCGCCAGAGGUGCUUCCCCAGACUGUGGUUGGCAGCAAGGUCUACCCUACUGUGCACCCAAGUAACUCUCAUGAGUUGCUGAAGGAUAAAGGCUUAGGAGAGCCCACGUUGAACCCUGGGGCUAGCACCCUGAUGAACCUUAACAUCCCUCCAGGACCAUAUAGCCCAAUGCAGAAACUACUGGAGACACAGAGCACUGGUAAGUGUGAAAGCUCCUGCAAGAUUUCCAGCCAGUGUGGGAAACCUGACAGUACUUGCAACCCGGAUAGCUGUCCAUACUGCAUGAAGACCUUGGCUUCCAAUCCAGAGCAAGCAGACAAUGAGAUGGGAGACUCCGACAGUGAUGGGGUAUACGAAUUCACCCAGGAUGCUCACUACCGUGAUCAGAGGGACCCCCAGCAUUGGAAAGCCCGGGGACGGAACACGUUAAAACUUCUAGCUUUCUGGAAGGUGGUUUGUGAAACAUUUCGGAAGAUUGUAGAUAGCAAGUACUUUGGACGUGGGAUCAUGAUAGCUAUCCUGAUCAAUACCCUCAGCAUGGGGAUUGAGUAUCACGAGCAGCCUGAAGAGCUCACUAAUGCACUGGAAAUCAGCAAUAUUGUCUUCACUAGUCUCUUUGCUCUAGAAAUGCUUCUGAAGCUCCUUGUGUAUGGCCCUUUUGGCUACAUCAAAAAUCCAUACAAUAUCUUUGAUGGGAUCAUCGUGGUGAUCAGUGUCUGGGAGAUAGUGGGACAACAAGGUGGAGGCCUGUCCGUUCUACGAACCUUCCGUCUUAUGCGAGUCCUGAAGCUGGUCCGUUUCAUGCCCGCUCUCCAACGCCAACUGGUAGUUCUCAUGAAAACAAUGGACAAUGUGGCCACCUUCUGCAUGUUACUGAUGCUUUUCAUCUUUAUCUUCAGUAUCCUUGGGAUGCAUCUCUUUGGCUGUAAGUUUGCUUCAGAGAGAGAUGGAGACACUCUCCCUGACAGGAAGAACUUUGAUUCCUUGCUCUGGGCCAUCGUUACUGUUUUCCAGAUACUUACUCAAGAAGACUGGAACAAAGUCCUGUACAAUGGCAUGGCUUCUACCUCUUCCUGGGCUGCCCUCUACUUCAUUGCCCUCAUGACAUUUGGGAAUUACGUUCUCUUUAAUUUGUUGGUUGCCAUCUUGGUAGAAGGUUUUCAGACAGAGGAAAUCACCAAACGGGAAGCAGCGAGUAGGCAGUUAAGCUGUAUUCAGCUGCCUGUCGACUCGUCGGUGGGUGAUGCUACAAAGUCUGAUUCUGAGGGGGAACUUUUCCCCCGUAGUCUGGAAGAAGACUGUGGACUUAAGAAAAACUUUUCAAAUUCAGCUCUGAUGGCUCUUUGUGACCACCCAGAGCUCAAGAAGAGCUUGACCCCUCCGCUCAUCAUUCACACCGCCGCUACACCUAUGCCCAUGCCAAAAAGUGCCAUCUAUGGAGAAGCGGCUCAGGGCUACGAUUCCCGAAGAGCUAGCAGCAUCUCCAUGGAUCCUAAUACCUAUGAUCUGAAAUCCCCGGUGAGCAUCCGGAGCUCUCCACACAGUCCUUGGAGUGCAGGAAGCAGCUGGAACAGCCGCAGGUCGAGCUGGAACAGCAUCGGGCGGGCUCCCAGCUUGAAACGCCGCAACCAAAGUGGAGAGCGCAAGUCGCUUCUGUCAGGGGAUGGGAAGCAGAGUUCAGAAGAAGGGGAAAGCUCUGAGGAGGAGCAGUCUAGCCGGACUGGGAGCAUCAAUGGCUCUCUACCUCACCGCAUGGAGUCACUGGAAACCAAAGGCUCCUUUGACUUGCAAGAUACCCUGCAGGUGCCUUCUCUUUACCGGACCAGCAGCAUACACAGUAGCCACAGCUCUGCAUCAGAGCGCCAAGACUGUAAUGGUAAAACGGCCUCCAGAGUCCUUAUACAACAACUUCAUUUGGAAGAUCCACUUCCUGAAUGUGAUGAUAUGGACGAUGAGGGCAACUUGAGUAAAAAGGACCGCAUGAAGGCUUGGAUAAGGGCACGGCUCCCCACCUGGUGCAAAGAAAGAGAUUCCUGGUCUGUCUACAUCUUUGCUCCUCAGUCCAAAUUUCGUGUGAUAUGCAAUAAAAUCAUCAGUCACAAGAUGUUUGAUCAUAUCGUCUUGGUUAUAAUUUUUCUGAACUGCAUCACCAUUGCGAUGGAACGUCCCAAAAUUGAGCCACACAGCGCUGAGCGGAUUUUCCUCACACUCUCCAACUAUAUUUUCACAGCAAUCUUUCUGGCUGAAAUGACCAUAAAGGUGGUGGCGCUAGGCUUGUGCUUUGGUGAGAAAGCAUACUUGAGAAGCAGUUGGAAUUUGCUGGACGGGGUGCUGGUUCUCAUCUCUGUGGUUGACAUCCUGGUUUCAAUGGUUUCUGACAGUGGCACAAAAAUCCUUGGAAUGCUACGAGUCUUAAGGCUGCUGCGAACUCUCAGACCGCUAAGGGUCAUUAGCCGAGCGCAAGGGCUGAAACUGGUGGUGGAAACCCUGAUGUCAUCCCUAAAACCCAUUGGAAACAUUGUUGUCAUUUGCUGUGCUUUCUUCAUCAUUUUUGGCAUCUUAGGAGUUCAGUUAUUCAAAGGGAAGUUUUUCGUCUGCCAAGGGGAGGACACGAGGAACAUCACCAACAAGUCGGACUGUGCAGAAGCCAGCUACAAAUGGGUCCGGCACAAGUAUAAUUUUGAUAAUCUCGGCCAGGCCUUAAUGUCUCUGUUUGUUUUGGCCUCCAAAGAUGGGUGGGUGGACAUCAUGUAUGACGGACUGGAUGCUGUAGGAGUGGAUCAGCAGCCCGUCAUGAACUAUAACCCUUGGAUGCUCCUCUACUUCAUCUCCUUCCUGCUGAUUGUUGCCUUCUUUGUACUCAACAUGUUCGUGGGCGUGGUGGUGGAGAACUUUCAUAAGUGUCGUCAGCAUCAGGAGGAGGAGGAAGCCAAGAGGCGAGAGGAGAAGAGGCUCAAGCGACUGGAGAAAAAGAGAAGGAAUCUAAUGCUGGAUGAUGUAAUAAUGGAGAGCUCAGCCAGUGCAGUGCCAGAAGCGCAGUGUAAACCAUACUACUCCGAUUACUCUCGCUUCCGACUUCUGAUUCACCAAAUGUGCACCACCCAUUACCUUGAUUUAUUCAUCACAGGUGUGAUUGGGCUCAACGUCAUCACCAUGGCCAUGGAGCACUACCAGCAACCCAAGGUUCUUGAUGAAGCUCUGAAGAUUUGCAAUUACAUCUUUACAGUCAUCUUUGUCAUGGAAUCUGUUUUCAAACUGAUUGCAUUUGGGUUUCGACGAUUCUUUCAAGACAGAUGGAACCAGUUAGACCUGGCAAUAGUACUCUUAUCCAUCAUGGGGAUCACGCUGGAAGAGAUUGAGGUGAAUGCAUCACUGCCUAUCAACCCCACCAUUAUUCGAAUCAUGAGGGUCCUGAGGAUUGCUCGAGUGUUAAAAUUGCUGAAGAUGGCUGUAGGGAUGAGAGCUCUGCUGGACACAGUCAUGCAAGCACUGCCUCAGGUGGGGAAUCUAGGUCUUCUCUUCAUGUUGUUGUUUUUCAUAUUUGCAGCUCUUGGAGUGGAGCUGUUUGGAGACCUUGAAUGUGAUGACACUCAUCCAUGUGAGGGAUUAGGGCGGCAUGCAACUUUUCGCAACUUUGGGAUGGCCUUCCUUACACUUUUCCGUGUGUCCACGGGAGACAACUGGAAUGGGAUAAUGAAGGACACAUUGCGAGACUGCGAUGAGGAAUCCACCUGUUACAACACUGUCAUCUCGCCUAUCUACUUCGUCUCUUUUGUGCUGACAGCCCAGUUCGUCUUGGUGAAUGUGGUGAUUGCUGUACUGAUGAAGCAUCUGGAGGAGAGUAACAAGGAAGCUAAAGAGGAAGCGGAGCUGGAGCUGGAGCUGGAAAUGGAAAUGAAGACAAUAACCCCGGGUCAGCACCCGCCGUCUGACCCUUUCACAUGGGCAGGCACUAAUGCAGGAGAAAGGCCUGAGAGUCCCGGAGGAUAUACCAAUCCCAUGCAAAUCAAGGAAUCUCUGGAAGGAGAGUUGAAGCUGAUGGACAACUUGUCAGGCUCUGUAUGCCAUCAUUAUGCCCUUCCAACUACUGACAAUUACAACUCUGAGAAACAGAUCCCUCUAGCUGAGAUGGAGGCUCUGUCUCUGACGUCAGAUAUUCUCUCUGAAAAUUCCUGGUCCUUAGCUCUGACGGAUGACUCUUUUCCUGAUGAUAAUAACACACUCUUACUUAAUGCCCCGGAGAGCAAUACUGAUUUCCCCUCCAGAAAUGACCCCUUGCCUCUUUCACCAAGCAAGGAUCUGCUGAGUGUAAGGAAGGCUUCUGUAGGCCGCACCCAUUCUUUGCCAAAUGACAGCUAUAUGUUUCAGGCUCCAGAUAAUGGCACUUAUGGAGACUCCUCUGGAGAAAAGAAUUCAUCCUAUCAAAAAACCCAAUCAGGCUCAACAACAUCAGUGCAAUCUCAACCUGCAAACAUUGAUGCUCUCCUACAAAUUCCAAGAGAUCUCUUCCACCACCUCAAGCCGCAAUACAAUCUUGAUUGGGAAAGCAAAUCCAAAGUCUCUCCACCUGUGCAUUCUCCUUCUGCAGAGCGGUUACUUCGCAGGCAGAUGGCAAUACGGAAUGACUCCUCCGACACCCAUAGCUCAGAAAGCAGAGAGAACAUCCAUGCUGAGGUGAGUGAACUCUCUGAUCCAAAUUUAUCAGCUCCAUCCACCGAGGAUCUGUCUAUCGCUCUGAUGCCCUCAGAAGCAAAGGAGUCCACCAGCUGGGGGAGAUCGAGUGUUCAUACUCAACAACAUUCCCGCAAUCAGUAUAACAUUUCCAAGCAUGUUCCAGAUCUGUGUGCCUGUACAGACUCCCUUCAAGAACUACCUGUAGACCCGAUGGACCAAGAAGUAUCAGAAAUAAACAGCUCUUUUACUUCAGGAACUUGUUCAGCCAUGAGUGCCUCUUCAGUGGUUCAGCCUGAGACCCCUAAGAGAAGCAUAGGCAACAGUGGCAAUGUUACCUUGAAGGACCUGAAGAAAUGCUACAGUGUAGAUACGCAGGGGCUUCUUAAAAAACCAUCCUCUUGGUUAGAUGAUCAAAGGAGACAUUCCAUAGAAAUUUGUUCCAUGGAAAACAGCCCUCAGCAUCAUUCCACAUCUAGUUCUUCUGGCUUCAUAAGUCAGGUCUUAAGUGAAAUGGAAGGCUUGCAAGGAACACGGCCGAAGAAAAAACUGAGCCCCCCAUGUAUAUCAAUAGACCCACCUGAUGAACAGAGAUUGUUACUGAGAGGAUCGCGCACUGCAUCGCCUCCCAGGGCAGACGUCUGCUUGAGGAGACGUGCGCCAUCUUGGGAUUCCAAGGAUUCGAUGGAUGCAGGAGACUCAGCACUUCCAGACAGUAUGUCAAUAACUCCAACCCCAAAGAAAGACUUGUUGACACUCCCUAGUUUUUCCUUUGAUCAAACAGACGUGGACCCUUGAGUUUGUUUAAUUUCUGUUGUUGGUGCCAAAUGUUUCUUUUCUCCCUCUUGUAAUAAAUUAAACCUCUCUAUUAAAAAUGGCACUGAUUAAAAAAAGAAAAAUCCAAAGAACGUUUAAAGAGCUAGCUGGUUUAAGAGUGGUUAAGCUAUAUCACGCUUACUUAAGCAUAGGUUCUGCUUGGGUAAAAGCAAUACAUUGUUCAGAGUCUAUAUGUAUAUUCUAUUUUAUUAAAUUAAUUGAACCUAGUAUUGCAGGAUAUAGUACAUUUUGUGGCUUAAAGACCUGGUUUAUUUUCUUCUGUUUUAUGUAUCUCAGAAUAUUCCUGAGAUUAUGUUGGGUUUUUUUAAAUGGAUAUUUUAACUUUUAAAAAGGCAUAUUUAAUCCUCCCUUUUUCUUUUCUUUUUCUUCUCUUUCUUUUUUUUGCAAAGCACAAGA